GAAGGACAGCAAAUUGAUUGCUAGACUAUUCUCAUUGUAUUGAUAUCAAACCAGAGAAGGAUUAUAAUUCCAAGAUAUUUCUAUAGGUUAUAAAUAACUUUUCUAACAGUUGAUGUUAUCAUGGGAUAUUAAUAGCUCUUGGAGUAAAGGAUUUGGUUUCUUUUCCUGAAAUUGGGGCAUCGACAGUGGAUCCUGGAUGAAAAGAAAAAAAAAUCAGAUGACUAACAUCUCCUUGUUGUAUUAGAAAACAAAGUCAGCCAUAAGCAAGUGUAUGGUCAUCUUAGAAGUGCAGAGAUCAAAGAAAAAGGAAUAGGGCAGAAAUUGAGGAGAAUUAAAAGUUACUACCACUUCCUUGUUUGGGUGAAGGUCAAGGGCAAUGGAUGUCAUAGAGACAGCAAAACUUGAAGAACAUAUGGAAAAUCAAACCAAUGACCCUGCAAAUAGUUACACAAGACCUACUGAACCUACUGAUGAAGACAAUAAAAAUGGCAGUGGCAAACCCAAGAGUCUGUCCAAUGGCUUGCGAAAGGGUGCCAAAAAGUACCCGGACUAUAUUCAAAUUUCUAUGCCCGCUGAAGCAAGGAACAAAUUUCCCCUAGAAUGGUGGAAAACGGGCAUUGCUUUUGUCUAUGCCCUAUUCAACCUAAUCUUGACGACCGUCAUGAUCACAGUUGUACAUGAGAGGGUGCCUCCCAAGGAGCUCAGCCCUCCACUACCGGACAAGUUCUUCGAUUACAUUGAUCGAGUGAAAUGGGCAUUUUCUGUAUCAGAAAUAAAUGGGAUGAUAUUAUUUGGGUUAUGGAUUACCCAGUGGCUGUUUCUGAGAUAUAAGUCAAUAGUGGGACGGAGAUUCUUUUUUAUAAUGGGCACUUUAUACCUGUAUCGCUGUAUUACCAUGUAUGUUACUACCCUACCUGUGCCUGGAAUGCACUUCCAAUGUGCACCAAAACUCAAUGGAGAUUCUCAGGCAAAAGUUCAGCGGAUCUUGCGACUGAUCUCUGGUGGCGGCUUGUCCAUAACUGGGUCACACAUCUUGUGUGGAGACUUCCUAUUCAGCGGCCACACCGUUGUGCUGACUCUGACUUACCUGUUCAUCAAAGAAUACUCACCCCGUCACUUCUGGUGGUAUCAUUUGAUAUGCUGGCUGCUGAGCGCUGCUGGAAUCAUCUGUAUCCUUGUGGCCCAUGAACACUAUACUGUUGAUGUGAUCGUUGCUUAUUAUAUCACAACAAGACUCUUCUGGUGGUACCAUUCCAUGGCUAAUGAAAAGAGCUUGAAGGUUUCAUCACAGACUAAUUUCUUAUCUCGAGCAUGGUGGUUCCCUAUCUUUUAUUUUUUUGAGAAAAACAUACAAGGUGCAAUUCCUUGCUGUUUCUCCUGGCCAUUAUCCUGGCCACCUGGCUGCUUCAAAUCCUCCUGCAAAAAGUACUCACGAGUUCAGAAAACAGGAGAGGACAAUGAAAAAUCCACUUGAAAGGAAGAAUCAUGAGGAAAAAGGCAUAGGCUCUAAGACCAAAACGUUUCAUGCUAUAACCAAAGGUAGAGUUUUGUUUUGUUUUGUUUUUUUAAUAGGAUUGACUGGUAUGUGAAGAAGUGGACCAAAUUUUGUGUAAAUGAUUUGAAAGAUAAACAAAGUAUUGUCCCGUGACAUGGUGUUUAUUUGUCUAGAAAAAAAAAA